AGAAAGGUCAUAUAUAUUUUGCUGGAGACACUCGUUGUAGUCCCUACAAUGAUAGGGGAUUGGCGACAAUCUCGCCACAGGAUGGCUACGGACACAAGUCUACGAUAACUAGGUUGCCAACGUAAAUUGGUAGCUCUGAUUUGGUCAUUAAGUUGACGUACGUUUGGCAGAAUGGACGGGAGAACGCGAUGGCUGUCUUUGUUGGCGAUCAGCUGUGCGUUUGUGUAUUGGGUGCCUGUGAAUGCCCAUGUUUCGGAGGGACAAGAAUCAAACAACGAAACAGAACGAUACCAGCUAGUUGUGUUCGACUUUGCCAGAGUGGAACUACCUUAUGUGAUUUGUCUGUGGAUUCUUAUUGUUAGCUUGGCCAGAAUAGCAUUCCAUCUACACCACAAGCUACCCACAGUUAUUCCUGAGAGUUGUCUCCUCAUUGUUCUCGGCCUCAUCGUUGGUGCUAUCCUCCACUACAGCCAUGUUGCCACUACCAGCGAUUAUGUCCUUGAUGCCAACAUAUUUUUCAUCUACCUGCUUCCUCCCAUCAUCUUUGAGGCAGGCUACUUCAUGCCCGUUCGUUCUUUCUUUGACAAUCUCGGUACCAUCCUACUUAUGGCAGUGGUCAACACGUGUAUCAGUUCUGGCCUCAUCGGAGUAUCCUUGUACGGCCUGUCCUGCUGGGGGCUGUUCGGCCGUAACAUCAGCCUCCUUAGUUGUUUCAUUUUUAGCAGCCUUAUAUCUGCGGUAGAUCCAGUUGCUGUCCUUUCAAUUUUUGAAGAAGUCCAUGUCAAUCAGAUGCUUUACAUCAUUGUGUUUGGUGAAUCACUCCUUAACGACGGCGUAACUGUGGUGCUGUACCACAUGAUGGAGGGAUUUAUAGAGAUUGGAGAGGAUAAAUUAAUUGCGAUUGACGUCGCCACGGGCCUCAGUUCUUUCUUUGUGAUAGCGCUUGGAGGGACCCUGAUUGGGAUCCUGUUUGGACUGUUCGGAGGUUUCAUCACUAAAUACACCCAACAUGUGACAGUGAUUGAACCACUGUUUGUCUUUGUCCUCGGCUACCUGAUGUAUCUUACCUCGGAAAUGUGUCAUCUGUCUGGAAUUCUGGCGUUGUCGUUUGGAGGAAUUGUCCUCCGCCAUUACCUAGAGGCAAAUAUUUCACGCAAAACCAAAACCAGCAUUAAGUAUUUCAUGAAGAUGUUGGCAAACAUCAGCGAGACGAUUAUCUUCAUGUUCCUGGGUCUCUCGACAAUGGUAGACACCCUAGAUUGGAAUCUCAGCUUCAUUCUAUUUGCUCUGCUCUUCUGCCUGUUAUACAGGGCCUUAGGUGUGAUAAUUCUAUCAUUCAUCCUGAACCGCCGUCGUCUGGUGAAAUUGACAGGGAUCGACCAGUUUAUCAUGGCCUAUGGUGGUCUCCGAGGUGGUAUCGCCUUCUGUCUCUCUCUGUCCCUAAAGGAGGAGUUGGUUCCCGAGAAACGCCUCUUCAUCACAGCGACCAUCAUCAUAGUGUUCUUCACUGUGUUCGUACAGGGUAUAACCAUUAAGCCUGUGGUGAAUGCUCUUAAAGUCAAGAAAGAAAAAGAAGGUGACCCAUCACUUCAUGAGAAAAUCAAUGAAACGUUCAUCGACCACUUGAUGGCAGGCAUUGAAGGUGUAACUAAGCGAUCAGGACACAAUUUGAUGCGGAGCAAGUUCCGUCAUAUUAACCACAAGUAUAUCAAGCCAUGGCUAAAUCGUGAGUCGGUCAAACUGACCACUACCAAGGCUGACAAGGUCCUGGACAUCUUCCACAGUAUCAGUGUCCAGGAUGCCCUUCAUCAGAUGGGAGAUGGUGAGGCUGUGGAGGUCGUAGGAGGUCACAAGCUCCCUCUGUUGUCAGCAGAGUCUAGAAUGAAUGGUUACCAUCAGGACAAUGCAAAAAAUGGUAGAAUUGUGCCUUCCUUAAACACUGAGAAAGAUGCACACCUUCACCGCCUUCUCAACGAAGGCAUGCUCAGAACAAGGACCACAUGUGUAGUCCACCAAAAGAACUCUGUCCUGGAGGCCGAGGAGCACAAACGCCAUGUACGACCAGCGAAGCUCUUCACUGUAGUCAGUGGAAGUCACCACAGUGUUUCACCUCACAACUCACAUAGCAACAGACACACUGAACACACUUCAUUCUCUCCAGAGGUCACAGAUGAUGUCUUCGAUAGGGAUUCUGAUGAACAUGAUAAUGUGACUUUGAACUUCAAACCUGAUACAGAAGAUCUCAAAGAACCAAUCAGUGAACCAUUACCACCAACAACGACAGCUACGGAACUAGAGUUGCCAUGGAAACGACUCUUAUCACAAGAGCCAAUCCCAUCAAUGUCAUCACGUGUGUCUUCAUGUGAGGAGCCGCUACAUGCUGAAGCGCCAUCCUGGGUGAACAAUCUGUCGUAUAAUCACCUGUUGGCCUCCGGGUCACCCUAUGCCUCACCUGAGGUCACCUUUGUCCCUGUUAUUAAGGAAACCAAGGUAUCUAUUUACACAGUGUUUCCCCCAGCCCCCAGUAACGAGGGUGGAUUAAUGCCCCCACCUUGGUCCACACACAGUGAGUGCUCACAAGAAGGUGACGCCCCACUUACUUCAAUCAAUACGUGUCACCCAGGUGACAAGAGUAACAAUUACCUGUUGUCUAAUCAUAUGUCACCCCCUCCCUCCCAUCACAUCAUCAUACCCACCAUUCAGCACCUGGAUGGCUCAGUAUCGCGGGGUCAGAUUAGUGAGGAAGGGGAACAUAAACCCCUCCGGUCCCUGCCAGGGUCCGCCUCUGCACCGGACCUCCCUAAACACUGGACACACUUCAAUCCCAAAGGCAGGCUACACUCAGAAUCUGUGUUAGAGGAGGCAAAGCUCCAGGAACAGCUUCAGAGUCGUGUUCAGGAAUGGUUGUAUACAACCAAUGAUAACAACGAUGGGAUUAUCAUUGACCUUGUAAGUCAGGGCACGCCAGAUAACCUCAGUGACAAUGAUGCAGAUGAUGAGAGUGAUGAUAGGGAAGACGACAACGAAUUAGAAAGUAGUCAUUUAUAACAACAGUCCACAAGUAGGAGUAGUAUUUCCUGAUGUGCCUCAUAUAUAAUCCUUGAUGACUUGAUGGAGCAGUUUAACUACUAAUUGCGUAAGACUGUGGUAUCUUAUAAGGCUUUCACACAGACGUUCUGGAUCUGAAGGUUGGAUCUACAUGGUUUAUGUAUUCCCAAAUGUUCUCGGAGAACAUUCCAACCGUACAUAAGAAAGCUCCUUGAUGAUAUAUUGAAUUAUAAAUGCCUUCAAGCUUUUCUUAAAGCAUGUGUCGCACUGACAUUAAAAAUGAGAUACCAGGCCUGGUUGCUCAAGGUUGGUCAACUUUCACCAGUGGUUAAUGAAAAAUUCAAAUUGCUGCCAAUCAGAAGCGUUGGCUUUCAAAGCGAAAAGAAUCCUGAAAACACAGACGUCGUAUAUGUCGUAACAACCGGGCAGAAGUGGAAUGAUAUCAGAUGUUCUUGAUUUUGUUGUAUUUAGAUUUUUAAAUUCUCCCUAACCACUGGUUACUAUAACCAACCUUUGAGCAACCAGAGCCAGGAGUCAUGUAAAGCUACCUAAUGAUGCAUUAAAAUUAACUUUAUAUUGUCGUCAUAAUUUAUGUAUUUACAAAAAAUAUGACCAUAAAAUAUGCUUGUUAUGCCAUUCCCAAUAAUUGUCUUUUGAAAAAUAUAAACAAAAAUGUUGUCUUUAAAUAAUGUAGCGAAAAUAAUCACAUGUUUACGCAUACAUAGAAAAAGAUUGAUUUGAAAGUUUAAGCUAAUGUGUUGCUAAUGUAACGAAGCUUGAUACAGCUGGAUUCCGGUCCGAGGUAUUUAAAGCUGGACUCUGGUCUGAGGUAUUUACAGCUGUAAUUGGGUCCGAGGUAUUUAUAUGUAUAUAGCUGUAUUUAUAAAACUUGUGAUAUUUGAUUUAGUGUCCUACAAGUCUCACCUUUAUUGUGAUCAACUUAAACACACACAUGUACAUAAACACACAUGUACAUAAACACACACAUGUACAUAAACACACAUGUACAUAAACGCUGGUACUGAAGACUAUUAGUCAGUCUGUUAGAACUUCCAACAUAUUUCACUAAACCAUCCAUUAUGUCAGUUGUCACAUUUUUCAGUUAAAAGCAACACAUUUCAGUGGCGGAUCCAGAGACCUUUCUGGGGGGGG